AUGCCGAGCACGUCGGAGGCGGCGGCGGGCGGGAGCGGGGGCAGCCGGGGCUGGGCGAGCGGCGGCGGGAGCAGCAGCAGCUCGGCCGUGGAGGCGGCGGCGGCGGCGGCCGACAAGAAGCGGCUGCACCACCGGCGGCGGAAGCGCUUCGCGGCCCAGCCGCAGCCGCCGCCGCCGGCCCCUCACCCGCUGCUCUUCCCGCUCCUGCAGCCGCCCCUCCUGCAGCCGCCGCUCCUGCAGCCGCCGCUGCCGCCGCAGUCCCUGCUCUUCCUGGCGGCCACCGGCGCCUCCUCGUGCUGCGGGGACGGGGGGGAGCGGAAGCGGCCGCGGGGCAAGCGGCGCUCGGGCUCCCGCCACAAGCGGCGGCGGGGCCGCGGGGGCGGCGGCGGCGGCGGCGCGACCCAGGAGGCCGAGAAGCGGCGCGCAGGCGGGGGGCUCAGCACCCUCGUGGAGGAGUACGACGACGUGAGCUCCCAGUCCGAGGGGCUGGUGGGCAGCGGCGCGGCCGGCACCGGCGGCGCGGGCAGCGGCGGCGGCAGCCCRGCCUCCUCCUCGGGCGGCGGCGGGAGCCAGCAGCAGCGGGGCGACUCGGAGCGCGGCAGCCGCUCCCGGCGCGAGCACCGCGGCGGCAGCCGCCGCUCCAAGGAGCGGCACCGCGAGCACCGCCGGCGCGGCGAGGAGAAGCCGGCGGCGCACGACGGGCCGGCGGGCAGGGGGGCGGCCGAGGCCUCCUCGUCCUCCAAGUCGCGCAGCCGCCACAACCACAGCGGGGGCCAGGACCGUGAGGGACUCAAGAGCAGCAGCAGUGAGGGCCGCAGGAAGGGCUCCCUCUCCUCCCCCAGCAGCGGCAGGAAAGAGCGGGAGAGCAAAGCGCACCGCAGCCGGACGAAAGCGGCCAAGGAGCCGCCCUCGGCCUACAAGGAGCCGCCGAAGGCCUACCGCGAUGAGAAGCCCGAGCCCAAGGCGUACCGGCGGCAGCGCUCCUCGCCCAGCCCYGGCCGCGACGACAGCCCCCCGCUGCACCGCUCCUCGCAGAGCCAGCGGAGCCGCAAGUCGCUGAGCCCCGUGGGCGGCCGCUCGCCCCUCAGCCCCUACAGCCGCCGCCGCUCGCCCAGCUACAGCCGGCACAGCAGCUACGAGCGCGGCGGGGACGUGUCGCCCAGCCCCUACAGCAGCUGGCGGCGCUCGCGGAGCCCCUACAGCCCCGUCAUCCGGAGGUCAGCAAAAUCGCGAAGCAGAAGUCCAUAUUCCUCAAGGCACUCGAGGUCUCGUAGCAGACACAGGUUAUCUAGGUCCAGAAGUCGUCAUUCGAGUAUUUCGCCGAGUACCCUGACCCUGAAGAGCAGCCUGGCUGCCGAGUUGAACAAAAACAAGAAAGCAAGAGCUGCUGAGGCAGCCAAAGCCAGCGCGAAAGCUUCCAACGCUUCCACACCUACCAAGGGGAACGCGGACGCCGCUGUCAGCGCGCCUCAAGUGAACAAUGUGAAGGACCUGAAGAAAAUAAAAGUUGAGCAGACACCUUCUCCAACAAGCAGUGCAAAUUUGAAAAACGAUAAGGCGAAAGCGAAGGUUUCCCUUCCCGAGACGAAAGGGGAGAAUAAUUUAAUUGCAGAGAAAGUUCCAAAGCAGAAGGCGGUGGCGGCGGCAGCGGUGAAAGAGAGUAAACCAGCUGCUGUGAAGCAGCAACCAGCCGUUGCUGUGAAAGAGAAGAGCAAACCGAGCGCGCCCGCUGUAACCACCAAGGAGAAGGAGCGAAAUGUUGCACUACCAACCUCCACACUGCCGCCCUUGCCUUUGCCUCCCACGCUGCCUGAAGAUAAAGAGACCGAGAGGUGAGUUGUGGCAUUUUUUACUAGUUUACGAGAGAAUAUUUCAGUGAAGUCGGUUAAAGAAGCAGAGAAGAAGCUUCGCCAUCUGCUCGCRGACCUGCCGCUGCCACCCGAGCUGCCCGGAGCACCCGAGUUAUCUAAAAGUCCUGAGGAGAAGAAACCGGUGGUUCAGUUACACRCCAAGAGGCGACCCAAAAUAUGUGGACCACGACACGGUGAAACGAAAGAAAAAGAAAUAGACUGGGGAAAGCGCUGUGUGGAUAAAUUUGACAUCAUUGGGAUUAUCGGUGAAGGCACUUAUGGGCAGGUUUACAAAGCCAGAGAUAAAGACACAGGAGAAAUGGUGGCACUAAAGAAAGUACGUCUAGAUAAUGAAAAGGAAGGAUUUCCUAUUACUGCUAUUCGGGAGAUUAAGAUUCUUCGACAGCUUAAUCACCAAAGCAUUAUCAACAUGAAGGAAAUAGUGACGGAUAAGGAAGAUGCUUUGGACUUCAAGAAGGACAAAGGUGCAUUUUAUUUGGUGUUUGAAUAUAUGGACCAUGACUUGAUGGGACUGCUGGAAUCUGGUUUGGUUCAUUUUAAUGAAAAUCACAUAAAAUCAUUUAUGAGACAGCUGAUGGAAGGCUUGGCCUAUUGCCAUAAGAAGAACUUUUUGCACAGAGAUAUCAAAUGUUCAAAUAUUCUACUAAAUAAUAGAGGGCAGAUAAAGCUUGCAGAUUUUGGCCUUGCUCGGCUGUACAACUCAGAAGAAAGCCGACCAUAUACCAACAAAGUUAUUACAUUAUGGUAUCGGCCUCCUGAGCUUCUGCUUGGAGAAGAAAGAUACACGCCAGCUAUCGAUGUCUGGAGCUGUGGCUGCAUCCUGGGUGAACUUUUUACAAAAAAGCCAAUAUUUCAAGCAAAUCAAGAACUUGCUCAGCUGGAACUUAUAAGCCGGAUUUGUGGGAGUCCCUGUCCAGCAGUGUGGCCUGACGUUAUAAAAUUAGCUUAUUUCAACACAAUGAAACCAAAGAAGCAGUAUCGUCGAAAACUGAGAGAAGAGUUUGCUUUCAUCCCACCAGCUGCCCUGGACCUCUUYGAUUACAUGCUCGCCUUGGACCCCAGCAAGCGCUGCACGGCCGAGCAAGCUCUGCAGUGCGAGUUCUUGCGGGACGUGGAGCCGGCCAAGAUGCCUCCCCCGGACCUUCCUUUGUGGCAAGACUGCCAUGAGCUGUGGAGCAAGAAGCGCCGGAGACAGAAGCAGAUGGGCAUGACCGAUGAGACGGCAGCAGCCAAAGUCCCCAGGAAGGACCUGUCUCUAGGCAUGGACGAGAGCAGAACCAACACCCCACAAGGCAUGCAAACUUCUUCCCAACUCAAAACUCAGGGCAACUCUAGUGUAGCACUUGCUAAAACAAGCACUGGACAGCAGUUAAACCAGAAUGAAGUGGCAAUCCUGCUAAACCUGCUACAGUCUAAAACAAGUGUUAGUUUGGCGCAGUUUGCCCAAGUGUUGAAUAUUAAGGUAAACCCAGAGACUCAGCAGCAACUAAAUAAAAUAAAUCUUCCUGCUGGAAUUUUGUCAGCAGGUGAAAAACAGUCAGAACAGCAGCAGCCGCCGCCGCCGCCGCCGCCGGAGCAGGAGCCUCUCAAACAGCCGCCCGUCGCGCAGCCGCCGGCGCCGGCCGCGCAGCCCAAAGCCGAGACUGACGCCGCGCAGGCGGCCGUGCAGAGCGCGUUUGCUGUUCUCUUGUCCCAGUUAAUAAAGGCCCAGCAGGCGAAGCAGAAGGAGUUCGCGCCGGAGGAGAAGGAGAACGGCUCCGGGAGCGAGGCGGCGCUGCAGCCGCGGCCGCCUCCCGAGCCCGGCACGCCGGCCUCCGCCGGCCGCGACGACGCGGAGUCUCCGGCGCCCGUUUUCCCAACGCUCGGCAAGGCGGCCUAUGCGCCCGCAGGUGCAGAGGAGCUGGCGAGGCCGCCCGAGAUGAGGCUCGUGAGCCGCACGCCCGAGCAGGAGCGCCCGCGCAUCCUGCCUCCGGACCAGCGGCCGCCGGAGCCGCCGGAGCCUCCCCCUCUCACCGACGAGGACCUUGAUUAUCGGACAGAGAACCAGCAUUUGCCUCUCAGUAACUCUUCAGGAACAGACCCUCACGCGGGAGUGAAGGCAGCUCUUCUGCAGCUGCUCGCUCAGCACCAAGCUCAGGCCACGGCCGAGGAGCCGGCGCCGGCCACUGUGGAUUACGCGGCCAGAGACGCCUACGGGGCAGGCCCAGACUACAAGGAGAGCUUCGGAUCCUCUUCCUUCUCCUCCGCCCGCUACGGCAGCAGCGACGGGAUAGGGAGCGGAUCGUCGGGAGCGCUGGAAAGGAGGAGCUUCCUGGGGAGCUCGGAUAUCCAGCCCUUGGAGAACUACAGUACUGCUUCAUCUCACGCGGGCGGCGCGGCGCCGCCGGCGGCCGCCUUCGCCGAGUCCUUCCCGGGCUCGCUCCCCGCUUACGGAGACGUUUACCUCAACGCGGCGCCCCUGCUCUUCAGCGGCGACAAGGACCACAGGUUCGAGUACAGCCACGGCCCCAUCCCGGUGCUGGGCAGCGGCGACGCCGCCGGCGGCCCCGACGGCGCCCGCUCCCUGCCCGCCAAGGUGCACAACUACAGCUACGGCAGCAGCCUGCCCGACGGCGCCGCCGGCCUCGGCCACGGCCACGGCCACGCGUGGACCUCGCCCGCGCCGGCGCCCGGCUUCCCCCAGGGAUACCGGGGCCACCUGAGCACCCCGGCGGCGGCCACGGCGAGGGGSCGAGGCAGAGGAUUGCCCUAUUGAGUAUCUGUUUUUCCUCAGGCACAUCGUUUUUAUCUGGAAAAACUUUUUGUUUGUUCGUUCGUUUUUUUUUUUUUUCCUAGCUGCAGUUUCAAGCGGCGCUUCGACAGACUUGAAUAAUGUUAAUUCAACAGCUUUAUUUUUAUGUGGAAAAGGGUCUUGCAUACAGUAGGAAAAAAUUAAAGAUGCUUCAAACUCAUGCUGUCUGGAAACUAGAUGAAUUGAUUGUACAUGUUCACAAACUAGUUCUGAAUUUUAUUUUGUAUUUCGGCAGUUUUAAGUGGAUGCUAAAUUUAGGGACAUCAGCUUUUUAUGGCACUCUUUCAGAUCUUCUGAACUAUGCACAUUUGUGCUUUUUUUGUAAGUUUGGACCAACUUUUAUGUAAAGAAAAAU